CAGCCGGUGGAUUCGGAGGAAGUAAAUUUAAGUUCAAUGAAAUAAAAUAAACGACUGCCUCUUAAUAGCUGUGAUUGCGUCAAGUCGAUGUAAUUUAUAGAAAUACAUUUGGAAAACGCAUCCAAGCCUGACGGUUUCGCACGCCAUUGCCGAGUUAGUAUGGCAAAUCGAGCAAAGAUUCCCAAUAGUUGAUCUUCAAGUGCUAGGCGAGACACUCUAAGUAUGCUCCGUUGGCUGCAAAUCGGGAUUCUUCUACCGCUAUUCUCUUUGGGUCGAGGGAACUUCUCAUCUGGCUCGUUUAAUUUGACCCUGUACAGGCAAAUGCCCCCUCUGCACCAACUGGAUGACUACGAUCUCUGCCUGGAUAGGCCCUCUGCCUACUGCCUGGCAUAUGUGGAGAUCCUUCCCAACGCCAGUUCCACUUUGUGGCACCUAAUCCACGAGGUAUCGCAGGACACUAAACAUCGUUUUCGCCAUGAUCGCGUUUUUCGGGGCGUGUGCCUGGAAGGCUGCAAGCAAAGUCUGAUCGACUUAUCUGAGUCGAGGGAGCAUGAGGAAGGAACUUUUCUGGACCAGGAACUAGUUGCCUACUACGCCAAGGUCCACCGACGAGCAUCGGAUGCGGAUGAGAGGCUCCUCUACGAAGAGUUGGUAAACAGCUGCCUGAAUCUUAAGUUCGGUGCGGAGUUCUCGCUUCAGACUCGCAGCCUCAUCGAAUAUUGUGUUCCGGCGGAUGAUCACUUAGAACAUGAUGGACUCGAUUUGAUUUUUUAUGCUCUUUUGAUCUGCAUACUCCUGCUUACUUUGAGCUCCUCAAUCUACGACUUUAGACUCAGCCAGAUAAAUCCGCAGCAGACAGAGAAUUUCUACCGGAAGGCACCAAGCAGUCGCAGGCAGCAGCUCCUUACCUCAUUCUCAAUGGUCCGUAACUUCUAUCGACUGAUUGAGCCGCCUGUCACGGAUUUAUCGCGCGACGUGAGCUUCUUUGACGGCUUCCGAGUGAUCGGCGUGUUUGUGGUGAUCUUGGGACACACGCUAAUGGUCUUCAUGACGAUCCCAAUACAAAAUCCAGAGUUCUAUGAGCAGUUCCUCUUCAGGUUCGAGACAUCGGUGUUCCAGAACGGCAGCCUUGUAAUCCAGAUAUUUUUCGUGAUGAGUGGCUUCUUGCUCUACGUUAAUUUUACCGAACGCCAAUUGGUUAACCCCAAGACUGGCACCCUCGAUUGCAUCGCCGUGUACUUCCGUGUGUUUUUCUACAGAUACUUUAGACUCCUGCCCUCGCUUGUCGCCCUCAUUCUGUUCAAUGGAACUCUGCUGGUGCGCCUCCAGAACGGUCCUUUUUGGCGGCAUCUGACGGAGGCUGAGCGGGUUUUUUGCCGAAGCAACUGGUGGAAGAACGUGUUCUUUGUGACCAACCACAUGUUGGAGGACAGUUGUUCCCACCAGACCUGGUAUUUGGGGGCGGACAUGCAGCUAUUUGAGCUCUUCCUGAUCGUCAUUGUUAUAAGCAAGAAGCAUCCCAAUCUAACAAGGCCGUUAUACAUAACUCUUUCGAUCCUUGCUCUAGCAGUGCCUGCAAUAUUGACGUACGUUCUUGAGUUGGAUGCUGUCUACCAUCUUCGACCGGAAACCUAUCGCUACUUGUACUUCCGGCAUUCUGACACAUUCUACCAGAUGUAUCCGCCAUUCUACACGAAUUUGGGAGGAUACCUACUGGGAUUUCUGUGCGGUCAUCUUUACCUGAAGAAGCGGCCCCAAGUAUUAGUGCUCCGGGGAAACCUUAAGUUUGAACUGGCCAUGUGGCUGCUUGUGCUAGCCACGUUGGGAGUGCUUUUCUCUGGCUACAUCUUCAUCCGCCAGGACUUUGCGAAGCCAUCUCUUUGGUUGCCUUUGUAUGCGGGUGUCCACAAGAACUUGUGGCUGCUGAUCUGCGCGGGAUUUGUGUUCCUCAUGUGCUGCAAAGUGGGAGGAAUGGCCUACGAUUUCUGCACCUUACCGGUUUUUCGGCCACUGGCAAGAAUCUCAUUUCAGUCCUUCCUGUGGCACGUUGUCAUCCUAAGAAUAGUGGUUGGGUACUUCAGGCAGCCAGUAUACGUGUCUAGCUUCUACCUGAUGUGCAAUGUUUUAAGUGUCUUUAUCCUCACGCAAGUUGUGGCUGCUUUCGUGGCGAUAAUACUGGAACUUCCUCUUGGAGAGGUGCUACGAUGCUUGAUGAAGCCGGAAAAAGGUGUGUUUUGUCUGAGCACUAGGAAUAACCAGUUAAAUAUGUCUAAUUUCAGGACGUGAAGAACCCAAUCCGGUAAUUCAAACGAGUCGCGCGCAGUCAGCUGUUUAGCACAACCGUAUUCCGCACCAGGGUUGCAGCACAUUAACGCGUUAGGCGAUUGAGGGAAGGAUUUUCUGGUUAUCAAAGCGCUUUCAAAGUGAUUUCAUUAUAGCUUAUAUUAAAACUAAAAUUCAUAGUAUUGUUGUUAAAUAUUCAAAAAGUAU